CGCCCGCGGCACGGACCACGCCACCACCACGAUUAUAGCCGAGCGCCCGCACCAUUCGACUCGAUCACUCGAAGACAGCGUGUGCGUCGGCGAGGAUCAGGAGAUGUCGAGGCCGGCCAGAAGCGACGCGCACCUCUCGCCGGAGGGCGAGGCGGCGAUGGAGGGCGAGGUGCGGGAGUUCUACGACGACGCGGCGCCCAAGCGCCACUCCAAGCCCUCCCGCAGCGAGCACUCCACCGUCUACACCGACGCGCUCGUCCCCGACGACUCCCACCCCGAGCUCGACAGGUUCCAGCAGCUCGAAGCCCACACUGAGAAAUUGGUAUACAAGGGUGGCAAGGUAGGAGAGGAGUUCGUGGAGACGGAGUACUACAAGGAUCUCGGCUGUGUCGGCAAGCAGCACCACACGACUGGAACAGGGUUCAUCAAGAUGGACAAGCCCACCGGCGCCUCGUUUCAUCUGUCCGAGGACCCAGAUGCAACGGAGCGCCACGCUUCCUGCAAAGGAAAUCCUGCUACAAACGAGUGGAUCCCGUCAGCUGACACGGUGUAUCCGGCGUCAGACAAGCCGAGCAGAAGCGACAGCUGAGCAGCACUCCACAAGACUAUACGCACAAUACAACCACCAGAUGUAUGCACUCCACCAGCUAAUAAGAAGCCACACUUGGUUAAUGGUUAUUCACAAAGCACGCAUUAGUAGCUUUACCGUUCUGCAAGGAGUUUCUUGUGGAGUUGUCGUGUUUACGUGUUGUACUACGAAACCUUGUGCUUCGGUCACAAAUUUGUGUUUGGAGCGUCAAGUAUUACAGGAAAUAAAGCAGUAUUAUUGUGCAA